AGCGGCCCCAAUGCCGGUCAGGAAGGGCCUCCUCGCUCCACAAAAUACUUUCUUGGAUACUAUUGCGACUCGCUUCGAUGGAACCCACAGCAACUUUGUAUUGGGAAAUGCGCAGGUUCCGACGAUCUAUCCGAUCGUCUAUUGCUCCGAUGGAUUCUGCGAGUUGACAGGAUUCGCGCGAGCGCAAAUCAUGCAGAAGGGUUGCGCUUGCAAGUUUCUCUACGGGCCGGAAACGAAGGAGGAGGAAAAGGCCAUGAUCGACAAGAGUCUUGAGAGCAAGACGGAAUUGAAGAUGGAAGUUGUUUUCUACAAGAAGAACGGAAGUCCAUUCGAUUGCUUACUCGACAUUGUUCCAAUAAAAAACGAGAAGGGCGACGUCGUACUGUUCCUGGCCUCGCACAAAGACAUCACGCAUACGAAGAAUCUUCAGCUCUGUGAGUUGCACGAUAGUGACUCGAAUGGCAAUAUCGACCCUGAGGCACCGCCUUCCAAUUACGGUAGGAGAAGAAGUCGCGCCGUCCUUUAUCAACUGUCGGGCCAUUACAAGCAGGACAAUAAGCACAAAAUUAAGCUAAACAAUACGCUUCUGCAUUCAACCGCGCCGCCUUUACCGGAAUACAAAACGACAACCGUCAAAAAGUCGCAAUUUAUUCUUAGCCAUUACGGUGGCUUUAAAUCCUGCUGGGACUGGUUGAUUCUCAUCGCGACCUUUUACGUGGCAAUAAUCGUUCCCUAUAACGCGAGCUUCAUCAACAUCGAUAGGCCUACUAUGGUCAGUGACGUUGUCGUCGAAGUGCUCUUCAUUAUCGAUAUCGUUUUGAACUUCAGAACAACAUACGUGAGUAGAAAGGGCGAAGUCGUCAGCAAUAGCAGAAGCAUCGCCGUGAAUUACGUGAAAGGCUGGUUCUUUGUUGACCUCGUAGCGGCAUUGCCGUUUGAUUUUCUCUAUGCCUCAGACGUUUACGGUGGCGAGGAAUCAGCACAUAGUAACAUUCACUUAGUGAAACUCACAAGAUUACUGAGACUCGCACGACUUUUACAAAAAAUGGACAGAUAUUCACAGUACAGCGCGGUAAUUUUAACGAUGCUUAUGCUCUUCUUCAUUGUGGUAGCACAUUGGUUGGCUUGCAUUUGGUAUGUAAUCGCCGAAAAGGAGCGAUUACGGAAUGAUAAGGAUUGGGAUCUAGGUUGGAUACAUACUUUGGCUGAGAAAUUAAAAAUAUCAGUGCAAAACGUCACGCACACAGAAAGCUACAUAACAGCAUUAUAUUUUACUUGCAGUAGUCUAACUUCCGUAGGUUUCGGAAAUGUUUCGGCAAAUACUUUCUCAGAAAAAUUUUUCUCUAUUUGUACAAUGUUGAUUGGGGCUCUCAUGCACGCUGUGGUAUUUGGCAAUGUUACUGCAAUUAUUCAAAGAAUGUACUCUCGAAGAUCCCAGUAUCAGACGAAGUUGCGAGAUCUCAAAGAUUUUUUAAUCUUACAUCAAAUUCCGGAGGAACUCAAGCAGCGAAUGCAGGAUUACUUUCAGACUAUGUGGUCACUGAACCAUGGUAUUGACGUGCACGAGACCCUCAAACAAUUUCCCGAGGAAUUACGAGGAGAUGUUUCAAUGCAUCUUCAUCGAGAAAUUUUAAGUUUACCGAUAUUCGAAGCCGCUUCACAAGGAUGUCUAAAGCUACUCUCACUGCAUAUCAGAAAUAAUUUCUGCGCCCCCGGCGAAUUUCUCGUCCACAAAGGCGAUGCCCUUUCGUACAUCUAUUAUUUGUGCAAUGGAUCUAUGGAAGUUGUGCAAAAUGAUAUGGUGGUAGCAAUUUUAGGAAAAGGGGAUUUAGUGGGGUGCGAUAUAAACGUUCAUCUGCAACACGGAAAUAAUGGUGGCGGCACAACUGGAUCUGGCUCGGUUGAUGUAGUAAAAUCCAGCUGCGACGUCAAGGCGCUAACAUAUUGCGAUUUGAAGUGUAUACACAUGCAGGGCUUAGUUGAGGUCCUCCGACUAUACCCCGAGUAUCAACAAGAGUUUGCGCACGAUAUACAACACGAUCUUACGUACAAUUUGCGUGAAGGAUACGAGGCAGAGGAGUCCGAUAUAAAUGGCCCGUCAUUGACACUGCCCUCCAUCAGCGAGGACGACGAGAAUCUAGCCGAGGAGGGCGAAACUUCUCCCCUCUCACCCCCAAACAAAUCACCGCUUCACACCUCUUCGAGCCCACGACAUGCCAAGUUCAGGGAAGAUUAUAGAGAAGGCAGACGUGCAAGGGGCGUCUUGCUGCGAGGAGGAAGGGCGGCGCAAGUGAUCGCGCAAGAAUCUGUAGAGGAACAUAUUCGAGGAUCGGUUGAGAGACUCGAUAAUCAGUUUUCCACGCUGCACCAGGAUGUUGCUACGCUCAGUUGCGAGGUGCGCAACGCUAUUCAAGCGUUGCAGAUGCUCGCCUGCUCACCCCAAAGUAAUCCGAAUCUACCGACCCCGGCGGCGAGCCGUGGCAGUGGGGUCCUCGCCAGGAGCUCGUCCCAUCCCCCGGACGCCAUUUGUUGGAAUCCGCCAGCGAGAUUGAUCGACGCGUCGACGCAGACGGAUUGGCCGGUCGAUCUAUUUGAAACAUGGGUGCGUGCGAAUCCUCACAGGGCCCUAAAGGCCCUCGGCCUCGAUCCGGACAUCGUUCUCAGGUUACCACCCCCAUCACCCACGCCAUCGCCAUCAUCGCCUCCACCGCCCCCCUACGAGCCCUUAUCACCUUUGGCGGGCUCGCCCCAGCAAUCGCCUUCGCAAUCUCCAACUACAGGAAAUAACAACUACGUUUUUGGAAUUACUCGCGACGGUCGGCACAUUCCCCGAUUAUACAGGCCGCCCAAUUCAGCCUGGGAUCCCAACAACAAGCUGUGGCACCGCUUCAGCGCCGGCGACGCCGACAACGCAUCGCUGUAUCAGGCGUUACGACGUCUUCCGGAGUCACGCUCAUUAAAGUUCGAUUCGUUCGAUAGCUGAGCUGAUCAACUCACGAGCCCACGUUCCGCGCGAAAAAUUCAUUUCUCGUUAUCGACGCAAAUGCGGAGGGAGGAGACGCCGGAUUAAAGAAGAAAAAUAUAUAAAAUCGCAAAUUCAGCAAAUUUAUCAAUAACAUGGUUUUACGCGUGCGAUAAAGAGUUUGGAAAAUUUCAAUUCAGAGGCUUGCGAAGAACUGGUACGCUAACCGGUUCGAUAAUUCAAUGCGAUAACUCAAAAGCUAAAGGCUCGAGGCAAUAAUGUUUGAUUGGCAUAUUAAUCACGAUAUUGUCAAACUGUUGGACAUUUAUCGGGAUAAAUGGCGCUUUAAUGUUACGGAUAGAAUGGAAUAAUUUCUGGUAAAAUAAAACUGGAUAUAGACAACUACUAAGGGAUUGAUUGCAGUCCGCAAUAGGA